AAGGGGGACCGGUCUCGGCUUUUCCUCUUUCUCAGGGUACUCGACUCGAUUGCGGCGAAGAAACUCUCCAUUCAUGGCGGCCGCGGCAGGUCGGUUUCUACAGCGGCGGAUCACCUCUCUUUCGGGUCGAAAUCUUCCUCUCCAGUUCCGCGGGCAGCAAGGAUAUAUAUAUUCUCAGUUUGUGAAAGGUACCAGAAGUGUCAGCACGAAGACAGAAUCAUCUCCUACAGUCAGUGAAGAGGAACAGGAUUCAAAAUCACGCCAUGAUGACUCCAAAUUGACUCCCAACUCGAUCAAAGUAACCAGUGCAGUUAAUGAGGACAACAAUGUUCAGUAUAAAGCUUUCUCCAAACUGAAAACAUCCACAAGACAUGAUCUAGCCAUGAUCUUUACUUGCAAAGUCUGUGAGACUCGAUUGGUGAAGACAGUUUGCCGUGAAUCAUACGAAAAGGGAGUAGUGGUUGCUUGCUGCAGCGGGUGCAACAAUCUCCAUCUAAUCGCAGAUCAUCUUGGCUGGUUCGGGAAACCUGGAAGCAUCGAAGACUUUUUGGCAGCCCGAGGGGAGGAAGUGAAGAAAGGUUCAGUAGACACACUGAAUCUAACCCUGGAGGACUUGGCUGGCAGUAAAUCAUCAUGAUCAUAGUAGUUUGAUAGAUUUGUACUGAAUUUGAUUAAGUUGGAGCUUAAAUAAAGUUAGAAAAACAUAUUUUAAUAUGAUGAUACUUGAUAUGUAGCAAUUUUAACGAACAUUAUUAUUUUAUUUUAUUUUA